AUGCCUGUAUUCCAAGAAACGUCCAGCUCGGCUAGGGAUCUUAGGAUCUUGCCAUCGCGCGCCCUUCCAUUGCCUCGACUUUCUGAAAAGCCAGAUUGUACGAAUACUGCUGAGGAACAGCGGGAAGUUGUUGUCAUAGGCGCUGGGCCGAGUGGGCUCUUUCUUACUCUACUACUGGCCCGCUAUGGCCUUGGUAAUUCCUCACUUCUGUGCUUGGACUCAAAGCCCGGCACAUUAAAGGCUGGACAAGCAGAUGGACUACAACCACGAACUCUUGAAGUCUUCCAAAGCUUGGGGAUAGCAAGCGAACUUAUCGGUGAAGGGUGUCACAUGGAAGAAGUCGCUUUCUGGAAUCCUGCAAGCGACGGCAAAGGCAUCGAGAGAACAAGCUUCACACCUGAUGUCAACGUCCCAGCUCGCUUUCCAUUCGAAGUUACGAUCCACCAAGGCCGUAUUGAACGAAUCCUCGAGGAGAAUCUCCGUCUUUACACAGGCAACGAGGUAAUCAGGAGAUCGCACCGUUUCUUGGAGUACACAGUCGACGAGACUAAUACCGAGUUCCCUAUUGUGGUCAAGUAUGAACAUGAUCUACCCGAUGGAUCAACACAGCAGUCAACUGUUCGAACAAAGUACCUGAUCGGCGCUGACGGCGCACGCUCAAAAGUGCGCAAAUGCAUGGGUCUCGAACUCGAAGGCGAAACGACAGAUCACAUCUGGGGCGUAUGCGAUUUCGUCGCCGACACAAACUUCCCCGACAUUCGAAAUCGCUCUGCAGUCCACUCAGAUGCAGGCUCUGUCAUGAUCAUCCCACGAGAACAGAUUGCCACCGGCGAGUAUCUCACCCGGCUAUACGUUCAAGUACCCGGUGAAGUGGAAGCAACUCAGGAUGCAGGUAUGGAUAAGAAAUCUGCUGAUAAGAAAAGACGAGGUGCUGUCACUCUUGAUUACAUCUUUGAGCAAGCGCGUGCUGUCUUUGCUCCUUAUGAAAUCAAGAUCAAGGAGGGGACGGAACCGGAUUGGUGGGCUGCGUAUCAGAUUGGGCAGCGUAUGGCUCCUAAUUUCUCGGCUAAAACGUUUGAUGGUCUGGAAAGAGUAUUUAUCGUUGGAGAUGCAUGCCACACACACAGUCCCAAGGCCGGCCAAGGAAUGAAUGUGUCGAUGAUGGAUUCGUUCAACUUAGCAUGGAAGCUUGUACACAGUCUCCACGGACUCACCCCGACACGCCCACCAGGCUCAGCAGACCCUAUCCUUGAAUCGUUCUCACCAGAACGAAUGGAUGUGGCUCGUCAACUCAUCGAGUUUGACACUAAAUUCUCACACAUGUUCUCUGGUCGCAUUGGUUCAGCGGACGCCGAGACAUCUGGCUUGACACAUGAAGAGUUCCUUCGCGUAUUUAGUGAAGGCAGUGGAUUUACCAGUGGUUGUGGACUCCAGUACAAACCUGGACGAUUGGUUCAGACUCUGGAUGAAGAGUCACAGAAAGGUCUAUUCCGUGGAGAUCCCCUAUCUGGCGCGCUGACUCCGGGACGACGACUUCUUGAUGUUGAGGUGAAGCGUUAUGCAGACGCGACGCAUCGACAUCUCCAAGAUGAAAUGCCACCUACUGGCCGAUACUAUCUACUUGUCUUUGCAAGUAACGACUUGCUCGACAAAUCUGGUGCAUCUCAAUCAGCUUUACAAUCAUCGAUUGAGAUUAUCAACAAGUUCCUUCAAGGCACCAUCAACCUUGUCGUGAUUCACCCAUUGACUACACGCUUCGAAUGGACCGAUAUUCCCGGAGGAGUCAAGAAGCUUGCUGAGAUGCGAGUCUACGGAUUGGCUAGGAAGGAGAAUGCAUAUGAGACACUUGGGGUGUCGAAGGAUGAUGGAGUCAUUGCUAUUAUCAGACCUGAUGGUUAUGUUGGAAUGUUGGCGCCUUUGUCUCGUGUAGGAUUAGUUGAGGAUCACCUUCGUGGGUGCUUGACUACAGUUUAA